UUUCCCCUGCAAGUUCUUCCAUACUUACGAGAAGUGCUACCAAGGAGACCAGUGCAGGUUUUCCCAUGAACCCCUGACUGAGCUCACCAAACAGCUACUGGAGGCAGCAUUGAAGAGGGACAAGGACAUUGAGGAACUGGCUAAAAACGACAAGCCAAUCAGCAUGGAGGAGCCAGUGACAGCUGAGGAGACAAAGCCUGGCAUUGACAUAUUCCUGAAUCCCCUAAGGUUAAGAAUGCGAGUGCACGCGCACAUGUUUCUUUUACUGUCCUUGUGGGGACUGAAAAUGUAUUGUCAUUCAUUUUCCCUAACCCUUAAUCCUAAUUGUAACCCUAAGCUUAUAAUAGCUCAAGUCCUCAUCGGAACCUGAGAAAUGUCCCCACGAAGGAGUAUUGUCCUUCUUUUACUAGCCCACACACCACAGUGGUGUAUUAGAAUAGUAAGCCCCCCGCACCACAGUAGUGUAUUAGAAUAGUAAGCAUAGUAAGCCCACUGCACCACAGUGGUGUAUUAGAAUAGUAAGCCCCCCGCACCACAGUGGUGUAUUAGCAUAGUAGUGUAUGUAUGUGGUUGAGCAUUACAUUUUACACUUGAUAGUAAAUCAAUGUUAUUCACUAGUGUUUUAUUGAUUGGCUACAUUUGUCUGGAUUUCAGGCCAAACUUUUACAACAGCUCAUGCCCCUCUGAGCCACAUGCUGAGGAAAGUACCACCAUGUAUCAGAAUGAAGUGUCAGCUGAGGUCGUGGAGAAGGAAAUUGCCAAUAAGAGGCAGGCUUCUUAUUCAGUUGAGGCUUUCUCUACGGCCCAGAAGCCAGUGAAAAACCCCUUUUGCAGUCUCUUUGCAGGGACGAUCAGCCAGACCUCCACUACACCUCUCAUACAGAACUCUGCUAAUUCGCCCAUCAACACCCCAGGAUGUAAGGGACUAGCUUCUUAUUCAGUUAAGGCUGUUCUAAAGUCCCACAAGCCUGUGGAUAACCCCGUCCGCAGCCUUGUUGCAGGCCCCAUCACACAGUUCUCUCGCCACCCUGAUAUACAGACCCAACACCCAACUAGAUCGUCCUAGCACUACAUUAAAUCCUCCAGACUCCAUUCGGCCCCCUGGUCCUCCUUCAGUCUAUAAGAGGCCGGCUUACUAUUCAGCUAAAGCUGUGCUUGGAUCUUUGAAACCAUCCUUCAGCAGCCUCUUUGCAGGCCCCAUCAGUCAGACAUCUCCCCAACCUCCCACACAGACCCAACCAGAUUCCCCUAGCGCUACAUUUCUGCGCCUCCUGCAGGCUGUAAAAGGCCGGCUUCGUAUUAUGAUACGGCUGUGCUUGAGCCCGAGAAGCCUGUGGAAAACCCCUUCUGCAGCCUUUUUGCAGGAAUCAUCAGCCAGACCACUUUCAACCCUCCCUCACACUCCCAAAACUCCCCAGGUUGUAAGGCACCAGCUUCUAACAAGCCCAUGGAAAAACCCAUCCUUAGCCUCUUUGCAGGCCCCAUCAGGCAGACAACCCUCCCUGACCCUCCCAGACAGAUGCAACCAAAUCCCCCCAGAACUGCAAUUUGUCCCCCAGACCCCAUUCGGUCUUCUGAGCCUCUCCCAGUCUGCAAGAGACGGACAUUCUCAGUUGAGGCUGUCAGUGAGUCCCAGAAGUCCAUGGAAAAACCAUUCCGUAGCCUCUUUGCCAGCCCCCUCACACAGACCUCCACUUCCGGCCAUCCAACACAGACCCAACCAGAUCUCCCUAGAAAUUUCACUGGUUGUAAUAGACCAGCUUCUGAUUCAGUUGAGGCUAUGCUUGAGGCUCAGAAGCCAGUGGGAAAACCCUUUCGCAGCCUCUUUGAAGGCCCCAUCAGCCAGACAACCCUCCCUGACCCUCCAACACAGACCCGGCCUUAUCCCCCAAUAGUCGAGCCUAAACCGGAGGUGCCAGACCCAACACCGCUCACCGAGCCAUCCACAACCCAUUCUGUUCUGAGGACCCUACGCCUGAGCCCAUGCCGCCAUGAGGGGGAGCAGGCAAUCAGUAACCGCUGCAAAGAUCCAGGAGGUGAUGGCCUGUGUUCCAGUGAAGACAAAAUCUCCAGAGGAUCUACUUCCACAGGACAGCAGAGCCAGGAGGUGGUUGAGGAGCCGGCGAGUGAGCGUGAGGAGCCGGCGAGUGAGCGUGAGGAGCCGGCGAGUGAGCGUGAGGAGCCGGCGAGUGAGCGUGAGGAGCCGGCGAGUGAGCGUGAGGAGCCGGCGAGUGAGCGUGAGGAGCCGGCGAGUGAGCGUGAGGAGCCGGCGAGUGAGCGUGAGGAGCCGGCGAGUGAGCGUGAGGAGCCGGCGAGUGAGCGUGAGGAGCCGGCGAGUGAGCGUGAGGAGCCGGCGAGUGAGCGUGAGGAGCCGGCGAGUGAGCGUGAGGAGCCGGCGAGUGAGCGUGAGGAGCCGGCGAGUGAGCGUGAGGAGCCGGCGAGUGAGCGUGAGGAGCCGGCGAGUGAGCGUGAGGAGCCGGCGAGUGAGCGUGAGGAGCCGGCGAGUGAGCGUGAGGAGCCGGCGAGUGAGCGUGAGGAGCCGGCGAGUGAGCGUGAGGAGCCGGCGAGUGAGCGUGAGGAGCCGGCGAGUGAGCGUGAGGAGCCGGCGAGUGAGCGUGAGGAGCCGGCGAGUGAGCGUGAGGAGCCGGCGAGUGAGCGUGAGGAGCCGGCGAGUGAGCGUGAGGAGUGCCUUCUGAGGGAUGAGCUGUUGGUGAUCCUUGCCAGGCUGAUAUCACCCUACCACGGUCCACCUUCGCCCGGGUCGUGGUGUGGUCCUUUGAAGACCUUGCCCCUCUUCCUCCCCCCUCACUCAAUCACCAGCCGUCUGUCCCUCUGGCCUCCCCCUCUGAGAGAACAUCAGGUCCUGCUGUUGGACUGUCCAGCCCUGCAGGACUCAGGCCACAGCAUUCCCCACAGGACUCCAACUCUCAGGAGGCUGCAGGAGAGCAUCUCAUUCCCUCCAGGAAUUCAGGUAGGAGUUGGGUCCAGGUGGAUACCCCUGGCGUUCACAACCUUCCAAUCCAAGCGAUGGUACGGAUCACUCGACGUAACACUGAUGUACAACCACAGCGACUGUCUGGACAAAUGAGGGGCAAAAGUGACAACGUGGGUGACAAAAAAACACUGAAAGACCUUUUUAAGACUUUUGACCCCACAUCUCCCUUCAGACAGUAACUGCAUUUGGACUAUGGCUCAUUGUAUGCACUGUUGGUCAAUGGACUACACACCAAGACUUACACAAACACUUGGCCUUCAUAUGAAUGCUUUUGCUCUAGUGUAUUUUCCUGCUAACAGAUCAGAACAGCAAUUCAUUGCAAAAAUGAUUGUGUAAAAUGCAAGAAAACAAUUACACGCGUGUGCACACAACCCUCCUUAACUCCAUUUGAUAAAACGUGUCCCAUUGAUAUCAUUACUUAGCAACAGCUAAUGUUACUGAUGAAUUGUCAGCCUAGUCUGUCUUGGUGAGAAUUGUUUAUGGAUUUUCUUAGAUGAGGCAUGUUGUACAUUUUAUUCUGUAAAAAAACAUCGUUAUUGAUUAUUUAAGGUUAAAAAAACAUGGCAUUUCAUUUUUAUUAAAGCAGAAAGUAACAUAUUGGAACAAUUAGUUAACUAGUAACAACUAACCGUUGCCCUCUUCCUCCACUCUUGCCGACUACAUUUCCUCUUAUUUGAUGAGUGAACAAUGGAAUGUUAUUACACUCAACUGAUUCUUAUUCUCAUGUGGAAAAUGUAAUUAUUUAAACUAAUUCUGUACCAGUUCUGCUCUGCAUGUAGUGCUUCUCUUUUCUUAUAGUAAGGUACAGUGCUGCGAAAAAGUACUUUAUGCCUUCUGUCCACCAGAUGCAUCAAACUCUUUGCAUUCAGGCGGAAGUCAUUAAUUGUCAAAGGAGCAGUCCGCAAUGCUAUGUUGGGGGAGCCGCACUAGGCUGCGGUGCGUUCUGUGUACCACAUGCGGUCAAUAUUUAACUCUUGUGUUGGUUUACCGUGCAGCGGUACAAAUGGAAGUACACACAGACUCCGAAUAGCUAGUUGAAAAGCAAAGCACGUGUAUGGAACAGAAAAUGCGGGAUAGACAUCCGGUAAAAUAAAACUCGUAUCUGGUGGUCAUUAGGCUUCUAAGGCUGAACCAGCAGAGUUGCUGUAUUGUAUGCACUUUAGAAUGUUUUAAUUACAGUAUAUGGCCCCUGCCACUUUAUCACAUUUAAGUCUCACAGCCUUGGAUUUUGAUGCAUUUGAUUGGGAACUUUUAUUUGUGAGUCACAUUAUUCAGAGCCCCACCAACACACACACACAAUGGUAAACAAUAAUAUAAAUGACAGUUCAUUUUUAUGUAUUCAUCCCUAGGUCAAUACUUGGUUGAACCACCUCUGGCAGCUAUUACAGCCAGUAGUAUUUUCAACUAACUUUGCACACUGUAAUAAAGCAGUAUUUUCCCAUU